AAUGAUUUUUCCUUAGAGGCCAUGACAAAACAACUUUUUCAAUAACCAUGAGUUCUUUGAGCAGAUGAUCGCAGCCUUUAUAUCCAUGGCCCAUAUGUGGUACCUCAUAUGGUACAAACCAACCAAGGUUGUCCUUAGAGCAACCUACAAAUCCUAAAUUUUUGGAGUUUCUGUUUUAUCUGGUUCUCUUUUCCCUUUUUAUCAGGCUUCCCAUGCCACCAUGUCAGUGUUCCAUUUGAUAUAUGGCAUCUGGGUACUCUUGUAUGUGAGUUCCUGUACUCUUGUGGCUAGUCCUUCAUGCUGUCCAUAUCAGUUUUUUCAACAAAGCAAUCGAAGAUUUGAGCAGAAAACUGAUAGGUUUUGGAAGUUCAGUGAACAAGCUGAUAGAUGGGUUGAAGUACAACUGCCUUGUGAUUUGGUAGGGUGUAGUAAAGUGAACACAAGAGAAGAAAGCUUGGAUCAAGAACAUGAAUUUGAUGACAAAAAGACGAGUCUUGAUAAUAAGGAUGGUGAAUUGGGAGUAGAGGAGCCCUUUGAUGUUGUUCUGCCUCUGAGAAAGAGAAUUUCCUUGACCAAAAUGUCUGAUACAUCUAUCUGGGUCACUGGUGAAAGUGGGUCUAUUUAUGAGAGGUUUUGGAAUGGACUAGAAUGGGUGAUUGCCCCUCAUGACUUACCAAUAUCAUCAGGACGUGCAAUUGCAGUUUUUAUCAUCAAUCAGAGAAUUAUUGCUCUAUCUGAAGCAGGAAAUCUGUAUCAGAUGCAUUUGCAACUUGGUGAAACCUCACAAUCAGUUUGGGUUGAAUUUACUCCUACACUCAAUCAAAUCACAGAUAAUGAUUCAGAGAAAAAUCCUUUGAUAUUAAUAAAGUCUGGCGUGGUGGCAGAUGAUAGGCAGAGAGCUUAUUUUUGUACAAAGAAUGGAACACUGAUAGAACUUGAUGCGGUUGAGCCUCCAAGAUGGACAAAUCAUGGCCAACCAGCUGGAGCAAAUGUAGCAGCAAUAGCUGAUGUUGCUUCUACACGAGAAGUAGUAUACACAAUAAGUUCUGCCGGAGAUCUUUAUGAAUAUGAUAGAAAAUCAAAACCAUCAUGGAAGAGGCACAUAUGGCAAGAAAAAGCAGCACAAGUUGCAUCCUUGAUACCAUCUAAGGGAUGCAUUUUAGUUGGAUUAAGUGGUGAUCAUUCAGAAUCUCUGUUUCUUUUAACCAAGGAAGGCACUUUGGUGGAGAGAAGAUUACACCAAAGGAAGUGGAAAUGGGUAAUCCAUGGAAGUCCCCGACAUCAAACUUUGUCGUCUAUUACACCAGCCCUGCAAGAUGAUUCAAGUGAAACUUCCAUUUCUUUAUUCUUCACCACUUCAGCUGGAUCUGUCUUUGAAUAUCAAAUGCCAAAACAAUUAGGAACUGUUCCAAAUAAUCAAUUUCCAGGAACAUGGGGAAGUCAUCAGAACCCCUUACAUGCUAAAGCAGCAAGAGGCAUAAGUGGCUUACCAUUACAAGCUGGGAGGAUACUGUUUGCUCUAGAUGAUGAUAGACUUGCAGAAUUACAUCUAGUAGGACUAGGCGGUGAAAAUACAGGACCAGCUCUAUCACAAAACUUUCGGAGGAAAGCAUCAACUAAAUAUGUUUGGUCCAUAUUAGAUGUGCCAGAAAGUGAAGGAUGGAAUGCAGAAUAUUGCACAGAAGAACGUGGACCCCGGAAUUGUAUGAUAGGCACAAAAGAUGAGUCAAAGGAUUCAGGAAUAAGUUCAGUAACAGGUAGAAGAAAGCAAAGCCAAGCACAGAAUUAUUACUUAUCUUUAGGCAAAGGAGGUGACCUAGUUAAAGCUUCAGAAGAUCACAAUCUUCCAGAUGACUGGAUUAGUAGUAACUUCCGCCUGAGAUUGAUGUAUGAAGGCAAAGCAUUUUUCUUAAUAACAACUGAUGGUUUGGUUUUUGAAUACAUUUGUAUUGAGGGUGUAUGGGUAUGGCUGAAGCAUGAUAGCUCUACAACUAUGAAUGGUAUAAUGGGGAACUAUAAUGGAAGUUUAUUCAUGGUUGAUACAUUUGGGAGUCUUCUUCUUAGAGAAUUGAGUGAUAACCAGAUAACAUGGAGAAAUUGCACUUCCAUGAGGAAAGGAAGAAAUAUUAUUGGAGGUCAACCAUGGGAUAGAUUACCGGGUAUAGCAAGGAGGGUCACAUCUGAAGAUUCACUCUUCUUUGUGAGCAAAAAUGGAAGAUUACUGCAGUUCAUGGUAUUCAUGAGGAAGUUUAAAUGGAAGGAUUGCAAAAGUCCUCCAAAUGUUAAAGUUGCAUGUAUAGUUGAUCAGGAAUUGUUCAGGGAAAACAUAGUCUUCAUCAUUGGAAGAAAUGGUCGUCUAUACCAGUAUAACAAAGUGACUGAUUUGUGGCAUGAGCAUUACCAGUCUCAGCAUUUGAUUCUAUCACAGUUUCCUGGAACAAUUAUAAGACCAUCACCACAAUCACUCUCAGGCUCUCUCUUCAUGCUUUCAACAGAAGGUGGCCUUGUUGAGUACCACUGGAACACAUGGUACGGAUGGAACUGGGUAGAACAUGGAACACCCUAUAAAGGUGUAACACUAGUUGGUUCACCUGGUCCUAGCUUUGAAGGUAAUCAACUACUUUUGAUUGGUUCAGAUGGAAAAGUAUACCUGAGAUACAUGGACAAUAAUGCAUGGAAGUGGAAGGAUUGUGGUUUCCCUUCUAUGGGAAAUAAAAUGGUUGAUGCACAUAGACAAGGUCGAUUGAAUGGGGAGAAAGAAGCUUGGAUUGAUGAAGAUUCUGUGACUGGCUUGAAGAAGGACCAGGAGAACUUUAAAUGUGACCCAAAGGUGGCAUCUACACGACCAAUUCAAUUUUCUGAAGGUUCUGUCAUAUUUGAGCUCAGAGAUAGCAGGGUAUUCAUGAGGAAGUUUAAAUGGAAGGAUUGCAAAAGUCCUCCAAAUGUUAAAGUUGCAUGUAUAGUUGAUCAGGAAUUGUUCAGGGAAAACAUAGUCUUCAUCAUUGGAAGAAAUGGUCGUCUAUACCAGUAUAACAAAGUGACUGAUUUGUGGCAUGAGCAUUACCAGUCUCAGCAUUUGAUUCUAUCACAGUUUCCUGGAACAAUUAUAAGACCAUCACCACAAUCACUCUCAGGCUCUCUCUUCAUGCUUUCAACAGAAGGUGGCCUUGUUGAGUACCACUGGAACACAUGGUACGGAUGGAACUGGGUAGAACAUGGAACACCCUAUAAAGGUGUAACACUAGUUGGUUCACCUGGUCCUAGCUUUGAAGGUAAUCAACUACUUUUGAUUGGUUCAGAUGGAAAAGUAUACCUGAGAUACAUGGACAAUAAUGCAUGGAAGUGGAAGGAUUGUGGUUUCCCUUCUAUGGGAAAUAAAAUGGUUGAUGCACAUAGACAAGGUCGAUUGAAUGGGGAGAAAGAAGCUUGGAUUGAUGAAGAUUCUGUGACUGGCUUGAAGAAGGACCAGGAGAACUUUAAAUGUGACCCAAAGGUGGCAUCUACACGACCAAUUCAAUUUUCUGAAGGUUCUGUCAUAUUUGAGCUCAGAGAUAGCAGGGUAUUCAUGAGGAAGUUUAAAUGGAAGGAUUGCAAAAGUCCUCCAAAUGUUAAAGUUGCAUGUAUAGUUGAUCAGGAAUUGUUCAGGGAAAACAUAGUCUUCAUCAUUGGAAGAAAUGGUCGUCUAUACCAGUAUAACAAAGUGACUGAUUUGUGGCAUGAGCAUUACCAGUCUCAGCAUUUGAUUCUAUCACAGUUUCCUGGAACAAUUAUAAGACCAUCACCACAAUCACUCUCAGGCUCUCUCUUCAUGCUUUCAACAGAAGGUGGCCUUGUUGAGUACCACUGGAACACAUGGUACGGAUGGAACUGGGUAGAACAUGGAACACCCUAUAAAGGUGUAACACUAGUUGGUUCACCUGGUCCUAGCUUUGAAGGUAAUCAACUACUUUUGAUUGGUUCAGAUGGAAAAGUAUACCUGAGAUACAUGGACAAUAAUGCAUGGAAGUGGAAGGAUUGUGGUUUCCCUUCUAUGGGAAAUAAAAUGGUUGAUGCACAUAGACAAGGUCGAUUGAAUGGGGAGAAAGAAGCUUGGAUUGAUGAAGAUUCUGUGACUGGCUUGAAGAAGGACCAGGAGAACUUUAAAUGUGACCCAAAGGUGGCAUCUACACGACCAAUUCAAUUUUCUGAAGGUUCUGUCAUAUUUGAGCUCAGAGAUAGCAGGUUGGCAGAAAUACAACUUGUAGAGGAGAAAAAAUGGGCUUGGUCAGAGAUCAUUGGCACUCCAGCCAGUUCAUGCUUACAAAAUUAUUGGAUUACAGUAUCAUCAUCAUAAGAUUGUCUACAAUCUUUAGAUCAGCCAGAAGCACUUCAUAUACAGACAGACAGUGACAUUAUGCUGCUAACAAUGAAGAAAGAAAAAUCCAAGUUAGCAACUGCAGGCAGAACUACUUAUCUCCUCCAGAAGCUGAAAUAGGUAGUGUUCAAGUAAAUGACCAUAUUUUAUGUAUGCACUCACACUCAACGUCUGUGGUUGUAGUAUGUACACUUACAACUGCUCCAGGCUACCACUGUUCAUGUGUAACAAAGAUGUAAAAUAUUAUAAGAACAACUUACAGCAAUAAAGUAGGAAUUAGAUUAUGCCCCAAACAAUUCCUUAAUGUAUAGAUAAUGUAUUUAGGUAUAUCUAUAAGUAUUCUAAAGUAAAAUAGAC